AACGAUUGCAGUCUCUCGCUUUCUCAUCAGUAGAUUUCAAAAAUCGAAAUUUCAGCCUUUCAAAGAAGUUAAUUUUCAGCCAACAUGUUGGUUUAUCAAGAUCUUCUCACUGGUAAAAGCUUAAUGUUUUGUUAGAAAGCUAUUUUCAUAGGUUUUUUUAACUUAAUUCUUGUUGAUGAUUUCCAGGUGAUGAGCUUUCUCUCUGAUUCUUUCCCAUACAAAGAAAUCGAGAACGGACUGCUGUGGGAAGUCGAAGGGAAGUGGGUUGUUCAAGGGGCUGUCAAUGUGGAUAUUGGGGCUAACCCUUCAGCAGAAGGCGGGGACGAAGACGAAGGUGUCGAUGACCAAACCGUCAAAGUUGUUGACAUCGUCGACACUUUCAGACUUCAGGAGCAACCCGCAUUCGACAAGAAGCAAUUAGUAACCUUCGUGAAGAGGUACAUCAAGAACUUGACUCCCAAAUUAGAGCCCGAAAAGCAAGAGACAUUCAAGAAGAACAUAGAAGGGGCUACCAAGUAUUUGCUUUCCAAGAUCAAAGAUUUCCAAUUCUUUAUAGGUGAGAGCAUGCACGAUGAUGGUAGCCUGGUGUUUGCAUACUACAAAGAAGGCGCCACCGAUCCCACCUUCCUUUACUUUGCCUAUGGCUUGAAGGAAGUCAAGUGUUAACCUAGUCUCAACACCCGUCGAACCAGCUUUGCUAUAUAGAAUUUAGUUUAAUUCUAGAUACAAGUAGUUCUAAACUAUAUAUUUUUUUUCUUAGCUCAUUUAGGUCAUUUGAUAUAUGAAAUAUGCUUAAAACUUUGAUCGAGGCAUACAAAUAUAGUGUGUUUUCCAGCAAGUUUUGGAUGUGAUUUCUCAUGGCAAGUGGUGUGUGUGUCUGCAAUCUGUAUACAUGCUUGUUAUUGUAAUAUUUGUAAUAUUACUAUCUCUAGGUUGCGCAAGAAAGGGUCAAAGCUUCCAAUAUAUUCCGAAUCGUGCAAAAUACCGGCAACGAUAGCCCAGAAGAGGAUCUCUGCAAAUAUACAUAUAGUAGGAUGCCUACUCUUCUUGAAUGCCAAACCCCUAUGAAUAUGUGCUUUUCAAUCCAAUAAACCUGCCAUUACCAUUGCCGUUUUAGAAAGCCAAAA